UGUCUUGUAUGGACUGCUCUAGUAUUUAUGGUCUAUAUCUUGUAGUAUGUUGUGUUGGCAUAUAAGAUUAUUGGCUGGUAGAAAUAAAAUAAGUGGACGAAUAAAGGGACAGGUUUAUUGGCUGAAAUUAUACCAAUUCCUUCUCUAUUUGCGCCACAAAUUCAAUCAACCUGCUAUACCAUCAACCAAGUAUGUCUUCGUCUGCUGCUGCUGCUGCUGCUGCUGCUUCGAAAGCCAUCAGCCAUUCACUCAUUCAUUAUACACAAGAACAACACAAGAUUCCUGUCUUCCCUUCCGCCCAUCCAUCCCAACUCAUAAUUCUCCACUCAACAAACCCCCUUCACUUUAAAAACAAAUAUAGUCAACAAGGCAGACAAGCAACAGGCGCCGAAAUACGUGGAACGGAACAAACACAGCAGCAGCUAACUAUUUAUUUAAUUUCGAUCCAAAGUCCCUAUUUAUAAAUAGACUAAUCCAAUAUGCUUCUUAGUUGCUGCAGUGGUGGCUCAAUUUAAUUUUCAAUCAUCCUCCAAUCCAAAACGACCAUUUCAUUCAUUUACUGUUGUUCUUACUUCCUGCUUUUUUGUUCACUUCGUUUACAGUUUUCUCUGUUUCUCCAGUAGCUUUUCCCCCAUCCUUCAAACAUAUAACUGUUACCUACUCUAUAGAAUAACACUACCCAAUCGAAUAAAAAAAAUGGCAGCCUAAAACAAAAACCGUAUUUUUGUCCAAUUGUGGCCAUGUAUAAACUCUGUUGAGCUGUUGUGGAUGCUAUCAUGAUAAAAAAGAACAGUAAGAAAUCGGAUUUGUGUUUGAGUUGCACAAUUCGAAUACAUCUCAAAAGGAGAAGAGGGGACGAAUUGUUAUUGCAAUGCUCCACUUUAUUCGGUCGAUGGCUCUCAUUCUGUCUGGUUCUGUUCUAGCCCCCCUGUCAGCGCCUGUCGUCGACCAGCAGUAAUCAAAACACAACAAGAAAUAUACUUCUCCUCCCCCUGCCUUUUUCACAGCACCGCACUGGAUAAUAGCAACGGACGCAGACCUACUCAAUCAGCCAGAGUAUUUGAGCCAGCCGCCCUUCUAGUUGUCAGACGGAUAAAAUUGGAGUUCAAACAACUCUCAUUUGAAGCAGUCUUUUAUCCUGUCUCUUAUUUUAAUGGUCCGCGUCUUGGAUGAUUUCGUCCAAUCAAAAUUGUUUUCUUAGAGAAAGACAACAAUCAGAAAAUAAAGACGUCUAUUCAUGGCUUCAUAAAGUUGAUACUUUACUUAUUUACUCUCUUCUCUCUUUUUUUUUCAAUUAAAUGCCUUUUUAGCUAGCUAGAAGACGAGACAAAAUUACAAAAGCAAAUUUCAAAUUUGAAAAGUUCCUAAUAAUUAGAUACUGUUACAAAAUUUCAGUUCAUUUCGCACAUUAUCCUUUAUCCGACAGUACUUGUUUCUCCUGGACGAUGAUUUUUACAGCAUAGCGGACAAUAAUUGAACGACAACAACUUGGAGCCCCUUCGCCCUAGAGUAACGAGAGCCAAGAAUUGAACGAUUUAUCAUAUCCUCCUAAAUCAGUGAACUAAAGGAGGAUAAAUCAGUGAAUCGUUCAAACAGGAUCUUUUCAAAAUGUUGGCCCGACCUGCUUUGACAGUCAAACCAACUUCUAUAAUGACGACUAUGGUGCUUCUAUUUGUUUCGGCCUCUUCUACAAUUGUUCUCGCAACUGCCGUCUCUGCUACAUCUGAUGUGGAGGGGGGAAUUAAUUCCUCGUCAUCUAACCCUGGAUCUUCCUCCCCCUCCUCAUCUCUUACCUCAUCCGAGGGUGCAGCCGAAGUUGGUGGGGGGAGUGCAAUGACAAUGGGGGGACUGGAGAGAGGGACUUCAGGCAUGUUCUUUGUAGUUCACCCACGUGACCACAUUCUGGGCAAGAGUGAACAGAGUGUGAAGGUGGAGUGCACUGCCUUUGGCGCCAACAAAAUCACCAUCAGAUGUGGGAAGGACGCCUUUCUGCCCGACCGAGCAACGCCUCCUUUUUCGGACACGAUGAAGGAGUUGAGCGCCUCUGCGGAAUUGGACCGGAAAUCAAUCGAGAGGACGCAUGGGAAAGGCGUGGAGUGCUUCUGUGAGGCGGACAACUCCACCCACCGGGUCAAAAGUGACACCAGUCUCAUACGACUUGCUUAUUUGAAGAAAUCUUGGCGGGAGGAGCCCCACCCGAUCCAGCGAGUGAGAGUGGGAAACUCGGCUGAGAUAUGUGCCCAGGUGCCGGAGGGUCUUCCGGAACCAGAAGUGAGCUGGUCAAAAGAUGGAAAGCCAAUGGAUCUCACAAAUCAGGAGGGAGUUCUGAUGACGCGGAGGCCCAACAACAGACACUGUCUCAUAUUCAGUCUGGUGAUGGAACAGACAGCUGGACUGUACACGUGUGAGGCUGCCAACAUAGCCACCAAUAGAACCAGUCUCCCCUCACAACUCAGCGUCUACUUGGACGGUGGCUGGUCCGAGUGGAGUGACUGGAGCGAGUGCAAUGUGACCUGUGGACUGGGGUCCAGUACCCGAGACAGACACUGCACCCAGCCCGCCCCAGUCAAUGACGGUCUCUUCUGCCAGGGAGUGGCCUUGGAGCAGAAACAGUGCACCAGACUCUGCAAACAAGACGGAGGCUGGAGUGAGUGGAGUGAGUGGAAUGCAUGUAACACCCAGUGUGUGCACCACAGGACCCGCAAGUGUAACAGUCCCUCCCCUCGCAAUGGGGGCAGAGACUGCAGGGGGGACACUAUAGACCACGCCAACUGUACGGGGGGACACUGCAACCAAAACUACGUCAACACUAAGAUGAGAAAAGACUACAUUAACUCUGGAUCAUCCAACCCUUAUGGUUUGGCGAAUGGUGGGGUGAACAAUAACAGACGUCCCUCUGGAACUGGGUUUGACUCUGCUGGGGACGGAGGUGGAAGCGAAGAACGAGAGGAUGACAUGUUCUUGUACACUCUGGCAAUGGUCACUGCUCUUCUGCUGUUUCUGGCAGUGAUGGCCUCUGCUGUGUUUCUGUGUGUGAAGAAGUACAAGUACAUCUGCAGGAUCACUGGCACAGGGGGACCCACCUCCUCCUCCCACCAUUCUCACCCACACUACCCCCACACUCUGGCCAUGGAGCAAGCGCAUCAUCAGUCAAGAGCCGCUUUGUCAUAUUCACCCAAUGGGAUAUAUGUCACUAAACACCAUAACGGAAACGUGGUGACUCGUCUCAUGAGUUCCAUGGCGGUAUCCUCCUCAGCCAAUCCAGCGCCUCCCGACGUCACCCAGCACCAAACUCAUCACAACCAGCAGGCCAUCCAGAUCCUAUCCGACGGAACCUUCUACAAAACCAUGUUCCUUGAACCCCCCUCUUCCAUGUGCUCAGGGGGCUCACCCGCCGCUGUCUCCUCCAGUGGGGGUUACAGACCACUGCCCCCAACCGACACAGUCAGUGACGUCAUCUCUUCAUCCGGGGGAUACCCACCUAACAACAAUGUCUCAGGGAACAAGAGGGGAUCCCCCACUCGUUGCAAUUCGGCAGGGCUCUACAGCAACGGAUAUUACCCUCUGUACAAAACUGACACUGCGAUGACUCUGCUCUCUGACCAAUCGAGUGUUGCCAACUUCUGCAAGCAACAACAGCAGCCAUCAAGUGACAUGCAAAUGGUCCGAUCAUCCCCCUCCGAGUUUCCCCUCGUUUAUACUUCGUCGGGAGGAUCUAGCCACAUGCACCCCCACGUCCUCCCAAAUGGGAGCAGGUUAAGUGACGUCACUUUAGUAAGUCGGAUGUACGAGAACACUGCCAGUCAUUACCAGAGCAUCAAAGACAUCGAGAGUGACGCCACAACUGGAACAGGCCACUACAUGUCAACCCCCUUCUGCAAUCAAUCAGUUCAACCUCACCCAGCCGACAAUCAAGUUAGCCGAAGCAGUGUCUUGGGAAAGACUCUUCCGGGGUAUCCCGACAAAAACGCCAACAUGGGAGGUAUAAUAGAUACCUUCCGGAAUCAUCGAGGAGCGUUUCCUGGAAUAAGUUCUGUAAUAGGGAUGAAUCCGAAUCAGAGGAACUGGACCGAGGAGAGCGACUAUUUCUCCCAGUGCAGCUCAGAGGGGGGUUGCGGAGGAGGGGGAGUAGGAGUUGGUGGGGGGAUGGAGGAAGAGAAUGGUCUUGGGGCAGGGGGCACAUAUCACUUUGACCUCUGUCGAAACACAGUCGGUGCAGUGGACAGUUGUAGGACUUGCAAUGACUCAUCCUCAGCCGCAGUAUCCAACAACAGACUCUCAAGAAAUGCCGUCUACUGCUCCAGCAGUUGAGACGCAAACACAUCAUCUACAAAACAACAACAGCUAGAAUAGACUCCAAAAUGAAAGAAAAGAACAUCAGUUACAUUUCUGCAACUGUCAUUUAAAAACAGGCAGCCAGGAAAUGAAUAUAAGAGUUGAACAGAUCUCUCUAUUGAUAUCUUGGAACAACAGCCAAUAACUCAGUCUCAGAUCAGAUCAGCCAUCAUAUUCAAGUGAACAGCCAUCAUAAAUCAGAAGUCUGCCAAGCGUACAAACAAGGCGCCAUCUACAAUACAAUUGAGGAACAAUACACAGACACUUCAGUCUGACUGUCUGAAAUACCUAAUAAGACAGGCUGGCAGUCUUCGGCCAGAACUGCUGCAGGAUGGAUACCAAGUACAAACUACGCCAUCCAACUGCUCUUAUACAAAACCAGCCACGAAAUCAGAACCACUACACCACUACAUAAACUAAAACUCAACAACUAAGAAAAAGCGCAACGAACGAGAAAAAGAAUAAAAUCGGCUAUUGAGAUUUACAUCAAACACAAAAAAUGGAACGAAGCUGAAAAAAAACGCACAGGAGAAGAAGGAAGUAGAUAAAUCUGGCUUGGCUGUUGUUACCUUAGAAGGAAAUUAAAUUUUAAGAGUUUCCUCAUGCUUUAUUUUUUAACAAAUUGCACUUUUAUGGACUUACUACUUGAGUUUCAAUUUCUUACACUUUUUGUUUUUGAUGCCGGAUCUCUGCUUAAUUUAGAUAGUUUCAAUCAAA